GAUCUGCUAAGCGCAGUGCAAGAGUUCAACUCGGUCGUCGGUAGAAAGAAAGUAACAAACGGGUCUUGCUUAUUCCGUGCAGAUGAUAUUCCGACUCUAAGCCUUCCUUGCCUAAGGUUCUCCAUGGACGUGUGGGCCAGCGAGAACCAUCCCGGCAAAGGGUUACCACAGUUCCGUGAAAAAACUCACGAGGUUCUCAAAUCCUUGUAUGAUUUCGACAGAAGCCAGGUUAGGAUUAGCGUUGAAGGAUACGACACUUGGCUUCCUCUGAAGGAUAUCAUAGACGCGUUGGAUAAUCACUUCAAAUCAUGUGGAGAAAUCUGGGAUAUUGAGGUUCCCAGAGACCCUGUAACCAAUGCCAUCGACAGACGUUCUUUUGUUGUUCUUCGCGGAGAGGGCGCAGAAGAGAAGGCAUUGCAGCUCAAUGGAAGUGAUAUGGGAGGAUGGAAGGCAGCUGUAAAGGCUAUACCGAUGAAAGACAGCGAGUUUACUACUGAUCAAUUGGCCGCUAUGACAGUCGCACACUUUCAAAGAAACAGAAGCCGUGGCAUCUCCGUUACGGGAUAUGACACAUCGGUUCCUGCGGAUGAAGUCAAGAGGGCACUGAGGAAACACUUCUCUUCAUGUGGACAGAUCACGGAUGUGUUUGUUCUCAACAGCCGGGCUCUUGUUUAUUUUUUCGGAAUAGGCGCAGUAGAUAACGCGCUGAAACGUAGUCGAAGGAAGGUGGAACGUAGUGCAAGUGGCGUGGGAGGAUGGAGACUAGUUGCUAAGGCCUUGCCGUUGCCGAAACCGGAAAAAAAACAAGUAUUUUGUGUAGGUUUGUAUUUACCAGCCUUCCUUGUUCUAGCUAGACGUUUGGCUCCCUAUGUAUGACUUUUCUGUGUGGAUGAUAAAGUUUAUAAUCAUUUCUCAGACUUAUAA